AUGAUGAAUUCAAAGAAAAAUUACAAUUACACAAGAAAUAGCUGAAGAAGCCGGAAACGGAGACGGUGUUUGUAUAUAUGCACAUGUCAACGGUAGUGAGUGAAAUUCAUAAAACACGCAUUUUUCAAAAAUUGUGAAAAAUUCGAAUUAUUCGAGUAAAAAAUCAUAAACAGACAUAAAAAGUGCAACCAAAAAUCAUUUCUCGUUGCUGAAUGUGCGAUUUGUGGGUGAUAUCGAAGACACAACGUUUACAAAAGUACACACACAUACAUAUAAAUAUAUCGCAUUGUAUGUGUGUGUGUAAUUUUACUUAAGCUUGCAUGUAUACAUAACACACACGCAUACAUAUGCAUGCAUAUGUGCAUGACAACAGAUCGACAGGCACAAAAAUAUUAACAUACAGCAUUGUUGUUGUGGUUGUUGUUGUUUUGGGAGGGUUCGCACACAUGUCGAUCGCGCCUGACAUGCAACAGAUGUGUGCCAUCAACGUCAGCUACAACAGCACAAAGAAACAAGUUGCCACCAACAGCAUUCACCGCAUUUACAGCAAUAACAGCCAUAGCAAGAACAACAGCAACAAUUCAUUUUGAACAAUUCGCCGACAGAAUUCAUGAGGAAUAUAUUGAAUAUUGCACGAACAAUUACGGCAAGCAAUAACUCCAGCGAUAUUAUCAGCCGCACUCGAAACCCCGAAGCAAACAAAAAAAUUAAAAAAAUAGAAGACAACAGAAAACGUAAAAUUUAACUAAACCGGGAAAGCGUGUCACUGAGUAGCAGCAGCAGCGGCAGCGGCUGCAAUAAGCGAAGCAUUGAUAAUGAUCGCAAAUCACUUAAUGACGCACUCCACCACACAUAGCCACAUCGCACACACUCCCCUCAUCGCGCAUCAGUCUGACUUUUGGGGUUUGUGCAGCAAAAUAAUGUAAAUUUCGUUGUGGAAGGACACAUUUUUGGAGCUAAAAAUAUAACUACAAAUUUUCAAUUACUCAAUGCUAUCAAAGGCUGAAUAUUGAAAAUUUACAAUUAUUUUCCAACCCACACACACUCACACACAUACAUACAUACGCAUAGAUUUAGUGUCGGUGUCUGGUGAUAAAGUCUUUGGAGCAAAAUGUGGCAGCUGCAUUGGAUUUACGUGUGUUGCACGUUGCUCGUGGCGCAAAUGUUCUACCCCAGUGCGGGUGCAAUGAAAGUUUCACUCUUCGGCGAUGGCUACAUAACGAUGCCUCUGCAGGAGGCUAAAAUGUCCACAAAUAUACGCGUAAAAUUCCGUACACAACAAGAAAAUGCUUUUCUCUUCCUAGCCGCCGGACGCACCGAUUACUGCUUGAUGCGGCUAGAGGGCGCCACAAUUAGCUUUACCUAUAAAAUUGAUCACGAAGUCAUACAGCUUCGCUCACCAAAGAAGCAGCGCUUGAACGAUUUGGAGUGGCAUGAUGUGGCCGUGCAACGUUACGAAAAUAACAUUACGCUGCAGGUGGAUGGUAAUAUAGUUCGCAAGACGUUGCCUGCCGAAAUGACAGCACUGAAUGUGCAUUUCGGCACAUUCCUCGGCGGAGUGGGCGACUUUCCCGCUGAGUAUCUGAGCGAUGUGGUGGGUUUUCGUGGUUGCAUAUCGGAUGUAUUUUACAACAACAUCAAUAUCAUUAAACGCGCCAAAGAGCGCACAGGCCACACAACCAGCAUCGGCGUGACCUGGUCGUGCAGCAAUGAAUUUGAUGGCACCGUCAAGGAUGCCAUUAGCUUUCUCAACGAAGACUCCUUUGCGCUGAUGUCGAAAGAGUCUAACGCUGUGGGCGAGUCGCUUGCAAUGCAAUUUCGCACCAUGGAGGAGGCUGGUGUGCUAUUCUUCAACGGUGGCUAUGAUUUUGUGCUUCUGGAGAUUGAAGAAGAAGCUGUGAAGUUAACCUUCAACAAGGCUGGCAGUCUCGUACAACUUUCGCCCAACCAGAGUGUCUCAGAUGGCAAAUGGCAUCGCAUUUUGCUGCGCUACAAUGCAGCUGUGGCUGAGCUGAUACUCGAUGAUGUUGUGUACAGUGGUACACAUGCCAACGACACUAAAACGUCCAUCAAUUUGGAGAAGAGUAUCUUCUUUGGUGGCGUGCAGGAGGAUAUGCGUAGGCGCUUGCUAAAUAAAGGGCUGCUUGUGAAUGACCUCAGCUUCAAGGGUUGUAUGCGCGGUCUGCAAGUCAACAAUUUACAGUUGGGCUUUCCACAAAUGAAGGUCUCACAUCAUUUGGCGGUUAAUUGCGUUUGGAAGUAUCCGUGCGUGGAGCACAGACCAUGUUUGAAGAGCGGCAUCUGCAAUCAGUACGGCAUAGAUGAGUUCAUCUGCUAUUGUGAUCAGUCGUACUGCAUUAAAGCCGAUUAUCAGGGGCCCUUCAAGAUUUUCACCGAAACGAGUCCGGAGCUGGAAUUGCUCUACGUCUCGCCCAUGCAGUUACUCGAGGGCGGCACCGUUUUCUUGUCAACCCAUUUUAUCGACGUACUAAUUGAUAUGCGCAAAUUUUCUAGCCUAUCCGACUCGUCCAUCGUAUUCCACGUUGUACAACAGCCUAAAUAUGGCCAGUUGCUACAAUUUUCGGUCGAGAAGAAUAAUUUUGUGCAGAGCCGCACUUUCAGUUUGGUCGAUCUAUCCACGGACAAAGUCAAAUAUGUGCACAACGGCAUGGAGAACUUCAACGAUCAUGCCACGCUGGACAUGCAAGUGUAUGGCGAUAUGCACAAAGUGCCAGAGAAUAUUCUAGGCAAACAUCGUUUCCUCUUGCAUGCCAAUGUAACGCCCAUCAAUGAUCCUCCCCAACUGCAGAUCCCCAUCAACAAGAUUUUGCGUGUCAUUGAAGGCAUCGAGCGCGUGCUGGAUAUGGACUUAUUUAAUAUUGACGAUCCCGACAGUGCAGCGACGGCUUUAAUUUACACAAUACUACCCUCAACAAAUCCGACCGAGGCCUUCGGACGCUUCCUCGUCAAUGGCAUAUCCACUAUGACUUUCUCACAAGCGGAUGUCAAUGCGGCAAAAGUUAGUUUUCUCUAUAAUUCAACAACUACCGAGGCAUUCAGUUAUCAGAUACUGCUACACGUCUCCGAUGGCAUUGAGACGAGUGAUACUGUUUAUCUGCCGGUUUCAGUGCACCCACUGGAACUGCGUUUGGUCAACAAUACCGGCUUGAUUAUGAUACACAAGUCAGCCUUGCCUAUAAGUCCGGCGAAUCUCUCCGUAGGCACCAAUACAGCAGAUGAGAAUAUCGAUAUUCGCUAUGAUAUUGUCAAGCCUCCUCAAUAUGGCGCUAUACAGCGACUGCGACAGAUCGAUUCGUCUUGGGUGAACGUAGAUUGGUUCAGCGAUAGUCAAAUGUUGCUCGGACACAUACGAUAUGUGCAUGGCAGCGAGUUUCCGUGGCAGGAUGAGUUUAAGUUCAUUGCAUCCUAUGGCUUCGUAACUACACAAACUUUUGACUUUCGCAUCACUUUUACGCGCCUACGCAUCAAUGCCGCUAAGCCCUCCGCUAUUGCAGUUAACGGUACGCGCGAAUUUUUGUUAACCAGUGACGUAUUGACCUAUGAGACAGUGCCAAUAGAUACCUUUCCGAGAAAUAUAAUUUACAAAAUCCUCAAACCCACAAAAUAUGGCGCUAUAUACGUCGAGGGUUCGCGUAAAUUUGCGAAGGAAAUGGACUCCUUCACCCAGCUGGAUAUCGAUAAAAAUCGUAUACGCUACAAAACUCACCUCACCAGCUAUUCCAGGUUUAUUGAUUAUCUGGAGUUUGUCGUAUCUGUGGCAGAGUGCGAUGAUGUCAUGGGCCGUCUGAAAAUCCUCUUCACGCCACUCGAGUCGAACACAGAUAAACUCACGUAUCAGAAACGUGACACCUUGCACGUGCAGGAAGGCGAACGUGCGCUUAUCACGAAAAACCAUUUUGAGAUACGUUUUAACCUCUAUGAGAGUUUACAGUUCACGGUGACGGAAGCACCCAAGUAUGGUACUCUGUGCCGCUACGAUGAGCAGGCGGCUAAAGUCAUACCAAUUACGGAAUUCACAUUGGAGCAAUUGUUUUUGAAUGAUGUAUACUACUGCCACGAUGAUACGGAGUCCACAGAGGACUCCUUUGAUCUGCUCAUACUGUCCACUGAUGGCACAGAUUUGCAAUUUGUAGCCGAUAUUGAUGUGCGCAUCAAGUUGAUCAACGAUAAUGCACCGUAUCGCACAGCGGAACGUGUUUUCCAUGUGGUGCGUGGCGGUUACCGUACGCUCAAUCCGGAUGUGCUGCAAUACCUGGAUGUGGAUGUGAAUACAAAUCGUUCGGAUAUACUCUACAUACAUGUUUCGAGCACGAAUGGCGCAUUCUUCAAGUCGGCCAAUUUUAUUGAUAGUUUCAGUCAGGAUGACAUUACCAAUAGGCGCAUAGCUUUUCAACAUAAUGGACCAGAUGUGGGCACUGCGUCAUUCAUAGUAACCGAUCGUCAGCAUGAAGUUAAUGGUUUAUUGGAAAUACACGCGUCGGAUCCGUUCGUCUCCAUGUUGCCGACGAAUGCCUCGAUUGUGCAAGAGGGAAAAUUCGUUAUUUUGCGUAAUAAAGACUUUGUGUUAGAGACAAAUUUGGACAUGAAAUUGGAUGAGAUCUAUUAUGAGGUGAUCAAGCCGCCAGCUUAUGGUAUUCUCAUGUAUUUGGGUCGAUCGAGAAGUGGCGGGGGCAAUGAUACCACAGCAGGACAGAGCAAAGCAUCGAAUCUGACAUCGUUGACUAAUUUCACGCAUUUGGAUAUCGAACGAGAUCGUUUGGUAUACUGGAAUACGGAGAUAGCCUCUAUGGACAAAGUGCGCUAUCGCGUGCAUAUCAAAAACAUAUCCGCUGAGGGCGAGGUGAUCAUGCGCAUAUACCCAUCAGCCUACUGGGAACCAUUGCAGGUGAAGAAGAAUCAAACGCUUUACGUCGAGGAGUCUACUAGCGUGCUGAUUUCACGCGACGUGCUGGAGGUCGUGCAUCCCAAUAUCUCGCCGGGUGAUAUCACAUUCCUUGUUACUUCCUCACCGCUACAUGGUUACUUGGAGAUGCAAUCCAUGUCUUUCGAUGAUGAAUACAAUUGCAAGGUCUUCGACCAGUCGGCUAUAAAUACUGAGAAAAUGUUCUAUAUCCAAGCGGGUGUUAAUCAAUCCAUGGACUAUUUUGUGUUUGAUGUGACCAAUGGCAUUACGUGGCUGCGAAAUUUGAUGCUGAAAAUCGUCAUUAUACCGGAGAAGCUGUACAUGCAUACGAAUGUGAUUUCCGUAGUUGAAGGCAAAACGGUCCAUCUCAGCUCCUCCGACAUUCAACCCUUCUCAGAGUACUAUCGUGGGAAGAUUCUAGAAUACAUUGUCACAAUAGCUCCGACCUCUGGUUACAUUAUGGCUGCCAGCUCGAAAGUGAAACGUUUCACCCAAAAGCAAUUGGACCAGGGCAGCAUACAGUACAUACACAACGGCAACGAGAACGCCACGGAUGUCAUGACUUUAAUAGCAACAGCUAGAAACAAGGAGAGCGUACCAUUUGAGCUGGAAUUCACUGUGAUACCGGUCAACGACGAACAGCCGAUGGUGGUCACGAAUACUGGCCUACAAGUUUGGAGUGGCGGCAAAUACAUCAUUAAGUAUACGGAUCUCAUGGCUCAAGACUAUGACACACCUGCUGAUAAUAUCACCUUCAUUGUGAAUUACAUUUAUGGCGGCUAUCUGGCGAAACGCGACGAUACGCAGCAGAAGAUCGAUACUUUUACGCAGGCGCAAAUCAAUAACGAGGAAAUCUACUUCAUACACGACUCAACUUCGCGUCGCAACGAGAUGUCAUUCAUGGUCACGGAUGGUCUGUUCAAUACCACCGAUCAGCUGUUGAAUAUUGCCAUAAGGCCUGUGGAAAUACUCGAGGAGCGCAAUACAAAUUUGCAUGUAUUUCCACUCACCAAAAAGCAAAUUCUGCGUGAUCACUUAUACUUCCGUUGUUCCGACGAGGGACGCGAUAUUUACUACAAUGUCACAGUACCACCGAGCCUGGGCCGUAUUGUGAAUGAGUACCUGGACAAUGGUUAUGCGAAGGAGGUUACCGGCUUCACUCAGAAUGAUAUCGAUAAUGGUCGCAUUUUCUAUGAACACACUGCCGUUAUAAUGGAAUUUCGCAUUAAUGAUUCCUUCUACUUCGACGUGGUGGCUGAUCGUAGCGAUCGCUUGUUAGAUCAAAAGUUUAACAUAGAAAUUUCUGUAUCCUCGGGUGGUCUGCUGAGAUUUUUGCCCGUUUCUAAACUGCAAGUAGACGAGGGUGGUUCGGUGCCGAUUAAAUUGGACUUUUCGAAAAUCUUGGAGUACUUGAAAACACGCGCUGGUAUAAUUAAUCCCGAAUUAUAUAUUGAGUCGACACAGAAACCGAUGCAUGGCACCAUUGGACUAGGACAUGAAUUCAAAGCGGUGCAAAAGUUUCAGCCGAGCGACUUUUUGACAAAGAAGGUUUACUAUAUACACGAUCACUCGGACACGCUGGAGGAUACGAUUUUAAUGUCGGUGUAUUUGUCGCAGUAUCUAGCGCAAGGCAACAUCUUUCUCUGCAAUCUCACAGUGCCGAUCUCAGUUAAACCCAUCAACGAUCAGCCCUUUACGCUCAUGACACAUUUUCCGCAAAUGACCGUCGUCGAGGGUGAGAACCAAACUAUCACGCGCAAUGUGCUACUCACUGAAGACAAAGAUACUCCGCCCGAUGAGAUUGUCUACGACGUAAUGAGCGGUCCCACGCUGGGUGUGCUCAAGAAAGUCAAUAGUGAAGGGCACGCUGAAGAUUUGCUUGCCUAUUCCAACCAGUUUACGCAAGCCGAUAUCAAUAAUGGACGCAUUGUGUUCGUGCACUUCGGUACACCACAGUCGACCACCUUCUGCUUCACCGUCUCCGAUGGCCAGUUCAAUCCAGCCUAUGAGGUAUUCACUAUCAAAAUCGCACCCAUUAGUUUAUUGUCGGCGGAUUUCCAGUAUCCGGUGCAAGUGCCACAAGGCGCCACAACCACCGUCAUGAGGUUGGAACAUAUUUCAUUACGCACGAAUGUGCAACCCGAGCGCUUGUCGUACAAUAUAACCAAUUCACCAUUGUAUGGCAUCAUUGUUUACAAACAUCAGCCGACGCUACGUUUUAAUCAGCAUCAAUUGGAGACGGGACAAAUCAAUUAUAUGCAAACGGAUCUGAACCGCUCGAAUGACACGUUCCAAGUUAGCGCCUAUGUGCCAGGCACCAUUUACACAGCCACGGUAGAUGUCGUGGUUGCCGUUGAACCAGUAAUAAAAAUCUCCAAUAUUUCUAUGGUGAAUGAAGUGGGAAAGGUGCGUUUACAAUCUUUGUUAGUCGCAGAUAAUCCGCUCUCUCUGAAAUUGAACAAAUUCAAUCCGAAGUUUGUCAUCACACGCAUGCCUAGCACCGGCCAGUUGCGAAAGAUUAUACGCAGCACCGGAUUGGCGCCAGAGUCGCAAAAUGAUCGCACAACCAAUAUGUUCUCGUACAAGGAACUGCGCAGCGGUGUCGUCUACUUCGUGCCCAAUGAAGCAGUGGAGCAAACGGUGGUGGAUAUGGACAGCUUCGAGUAUCAACUGCUCAUAAAGACCGUACAACCAGCACAGGGAAUGGCGCAUAUCGAAUAUCGCGCGCCGAGGGAUGUCAAUGGGAAUAAAGUGACGAUGGCUAGCAGCGACUUCAGCUUCAAUUACAUUGCGCUGUUGGUUGUGCUUAUUGUGCUCAUCGUUUGCAUCCUGGUUGUUAUGUUCCUGCUCAAAAUACGUUACUUGCGGCGCGAUAAGGCGGACAUUUCCAAGGAUCAGCCACCCGCUUUGCCUUGCCCACCCGACUUGACUUCAGUUAGUCCGCAACAUCAUCACCACCACCAUCAUCAUCAUCACUAUGCCAACUCGGAGGCAGAUUCGGUGCCCGCUACAGGCGCUUCAACGCCGCUACCCGGUUUCAGUAAUAUUCCACAUUGCAAAAUUAUACCCGUGGAAUCGUAUAAGCACGACUAUCCCGAUUAUGAUCCCGACGAAGGUGAUGAGACAGAUGAUGCUCAGCAAAUGAUGUUGCCGCAACGGUACAAUCCCUAUCACAUGGAAAAUGACACGUGGAGUUCGUCGUGCGAUAUGGCCAAUGAUUUUGGUGGUUAUUCAACGGUGCCCCAGAGCAGCGCGCCCACAGCAACACCGCCUUCAGCGCCGGCUAGCAAUCCGCUAUUGCGAAGAAAUCAGUACUGGGUUUAAGUUCGUAUGAGGCGCCAAUUUAAUGUGGGAGAGAGGUUGGGUACUUGUGGGCAGGGGGUGAAUAGUGUACGCAGUGCAAAUGUGCCUUUUGAAAAUUUUUUCUAAGUGCUUUACUUAAGUUAUUUAAUUAGUUAAUAGUUAAAAAGGCAAAUAGUUAAGGAUUUGUAUAUUCAUAGAGUUCGCUACGCUUAACGAAUAAAAGAGAAAUUUUGCCGAAAUGUCAAAUAAACAGGAUCAGUUCAAAUACAAAUUUUGAAGAAAUAUACCUUCAAUGUUAGUCAAAGUGCCACACUUGAUGCGAACUGAGGUUAAAGUGGGGUUAAUGCUCUGGAAGGUCCUUCGGAAGGCUUCGUUUGGAUUAAUUUUCUAUACAAUUUACGCGAUUCCUUUAGUACAUCGAGGACAGUUUUCUCAUUUUGCCAAUAGAUUGCGCUUUCCUAUACGAAGACUAUUAUCAUUUUCUCAGCAAUUCGACCCCAAAAGUUUGUCACUUACGAAACUACUGCAACGCACGCGUAAUUUGUUACAAUUACAAUAACAAUUUGAACUUAAACUUGUCUUCAAUAUUUUAAAGGCAAUAUCAUCUGGUUUUUAAACAAAUCAAUCCUAGAGUUUGGUACGCUUUUGAGAGAGUGAAAAUGUGUUAAACGCCAAAAUAAAGAGGCCCAUAAAACUAGACUUUUUUUUUUGAAGGAGGAUUAAAUUAAAAUGUCACAAACAUCUCAAAGGUGACGUCACGCCAAUGGUAUGUGGGGCACGCUCCCACAAAUACUGCAGAAAUCCUCCCACCUCGGCUAAAUUCUAACCUGAGACCAAAAAAGUAUGACAUCUGGGUCGCGUCGCGUUUAUGUCCAAAGACCCAACAGGUGCUUGUGCCCAAGUUUCUUUUCUGCCGUCAAUAAUCCCAAUGACUCCAAUUGUUUUCAUAGAUGGUUCUAAAGUAAAGGCUACAUCGAAAAAAUUGCAAUAGUGUCAUAUUAACCCCCUACUGUCUUGUCUUCUGUGCGAUAUUUCAGUGAGUGUUUCACUCAAAAGUCUUUGCUUGCCGUUGGUUCGUCAUAAACCGUCCGCCUUCACUGCUACUGUAGCUGUUGCUGCAUCGCUUUGAGUUCCCAAUCAAUAUGCCUGAGUCGCGUCAUGAUUUUAGCUGCGAAAGUUUGUUGGUUGCCUCUCAUUUACUGCUGGUUGCGCACGUAUCUCGUAUGAGGGUGCUGGGAGAUGAUUGAUGACCCAGCGCUUGUUCGAGAAUAGCUCGUUCCUUUGUGAAGUGGUCGCAAUAAAAACUCACGCGCCUUCGUCAGUUUGGACAGAGAGGGCUGUCUUCCAGCCUAAACGGUGCAGGUAUGCCCGAAAACAGCCGUGACCGCUGAGCAAGUGCGAAAGGUGAUAUUCGGUGUCUCCAUGUUUCCUUCCUAACUACUCAUAAGCACGUGGUAUGAGUUGGUAGAUCCAACGCCCGCUUUGUGACUGAUCCCACCGCUGCUGCCACUGGCCAAUUGUCAGCAAUUGCUCAGCUAAUUUUUGUACUGAUGUUGGCCGUGCUCCUUGUUCGUUUUAGAGGCGAUUCAUUUCAUCUGCCAAGAGGUCCAAAGUGAGCUUUCCAGGUGAGGUAAACUCUGAUAAUACCCAUUAGUGUCAGAAAUUGAAUGCCUUUAUCUCAGUGUCUCAAAUCGAGGCAGUGACUUUGACUGUACCAGCGAUAGUUUUUGAUACUGUUUUACUGUUUUUUAAAACUCUGAAAUCAUAACUGAUAGUAAUGACUCAUCGAAAAACUGUUUCUGAUCUGUCUGUGAUUGCUUCCAGAAGCUCACCUUCCAUAGAAGAGCACCGACCGAAAGAGUCCUUUUGCUUAAACGGCUUCAUUCAGGUUUUAAAUUAAUUCGCUUUUGUUUUUAUUGUCAAUUCGGACGGGUUAAGGUGAGUGCACAUGAAAACUUUGUUCAGGAUUAUGCUUACACAACUGGUAUAGAUAUAUUGUAAACAAAUACAAUAGGGAGGAUCGAUUUGUAUGGAAAUACAAUGGCAGGUGAAAUGUUUGAAGUGCCAGCCUGGCACUCCCCAAGUAGCACUGAAACGUUGUUUUAAUACCAUUUUAGACGUCCAACGGACAGAUAUCUACAACCAACCAGAGCUGUUCAUGUAGCAGAAAAGGUUGAUGAGAUGUAGUUUGGAGCGCUGCCCAAUGCUGUCAAGGAAAGGAGCACCUAGUGAUUUUAAUCGCUUAGCUGCCAAAUCCGGACAUUUACAGAGAAAAAGCUCAACAGUAUCAUUCUCUGAGAGGUCUCCAUAGCUUCUGCAAUGGGGGUUAAAUUGUAAACCUAGCUUUUCCGCGUAUGAGCCGAUCGUUCAAUGACCGGUAAACACAACUACGAGUAUGGAAAUUGAAUGGCAUAGGAGUUUUGUGACGGCAAUUAAUGUGCCUCUGGAGCCUAAUGAGUCUUUUUCUAACUAAUAUGACAUCUUUUCAGUACGAGUUGACAGAAAUACGGUCGUGAACUUAUUGUUUGCUAUAGAGACUACGCCUUUGAAAGCUACUAAGGACCAUAAACAGAUUUUAUAUUGGAUAAAAAUGGAAAAUUUCCAAAAAAAAAAUGUUUGCAACUUCUUUAAAAAAUCUCUCUUUCCGCCUUUCACAUUGAUACUAAUAGAGUUCCGGAAGUCAUGAACCCCAUCCAAAUAUCAUUGAAUCUCAUAUUUUGACCAGCCGAGUUGUCGAACUAAACUCAAUUCAAAACAUUGACAUUUCUGAUACUUCGAGUAGGUGCGCUGCGACAUCUUGGCAAGCUAGAAUGUCCGUUGGGUUAGCCUCUACAUAGCACUUUUUUGUAUUCUUAGCCAAAUUCGACAAAUUUCGCAAAUACUCUACUUUCUUUUUAUGUGUGUGAACAUCAAGGACUUUAAUGUAGACUAAGUACUUAGAAUUUUACUGCAUUACUUAGAGGUUAAGUAAUUAAGGAAUGGAGUCAUGAAAAAAUUACUCUCAAAAAUUUAUUUAUUUCAUUAAGGAUAUUCGAUGCGCAUAUGAAUGUAUGUGCACCCACACAUACAUGCAUAUUUGGAUAUAUUGUAUAUGUAUACCAUGGACAUUUUAUUUCAAAGCCAGAAAAGAGAACAAAUUUAGUAUUUAUGUACGUACGUAUGUGCAUGCGUAUGAGUGUGCAUAUGCAUGUAGUGGUGAGUUGUACUUACGUAGCUGUAUGCCGGCCAUAUUUCGAUACCAAAUUAUUUAAAAAUAAUUUAAGUUAUGCACUGAUUCAAAUUCGCUAAUUUAUUUGCAUACAUAUUUACAUAGUAUAUAGACAUGUUUGUAUGUAGAUAUGAUUGUAUAUUUACGAGUAAUCACUUUUAAGCAAUGUGAGCGAGAUUUUUCAAAUAUUUAGAGCAGUAAGUUUUUGACAAUAA